UACCAUCCUAUCGCGCAUGCGUGCUGGGUUCAUGAUCAGCCAACACCUUACCAGGCCCUGGCAGCCAUGUACAUGGCUGUCGACAAGACCACGAAGCGGCUUGAAAUCAUUGCCAUGGUGGCAAAUUUCUUCCGCUCCGUUCUCCUUUUGAGCCCAAAGGAUCUCGUUCGCUGCGUGUAUCUGUGCACCAACGACCUGGCACCAGCAUAUGAGGGCCUCGAGCUGGGUAUCGGAGACUCCAUCCUCGUGCGUGCCAUCGCCGACGCCUCGGGUCGCUCGCCGGGGCAGGUCAAGGCUGUCAUGCACCAAUGUGGUGACCUCGGCAAGUGCGCUGUCAAGUGCAAAGGCAAGCAGGGCAAGCUGGGCUUUGUCCGACAGCAACCACCCCUGACCGUGGCUCAAGUGUUUGAAGCUUUUACUCAAAUCGCUCGACUCUCCGGCCGGGAUUGUCAAAAGCGCAAGCAAGAUGUCAUCAAGCAGUUAUUGGUUCGCGCCCGUUGCGAAGCUGAGACCAUGUUCUUGAUCCGCUCGCUAAGUGGCCGUCUGCGCAUCGGGCUGGCCGAUUCCUCAGUUUUGAGCGCGCUUGGGUUGGCCAUUACAAUGACUCCCCCAUGCCAAGACUUUCCACCGGCAGAGAUCGAUGCAUCCAAAGGACGCGCUCAGAGCGAAGCCUUCAAGGCCAAAGCCGAUGCCAAUAUUUUGGCUUUGAAGACAGUGUAUUGCGAGCUGCCCAACUAUGAUUACAUUUUACCCAUUCUGCUCAAAGACGGGCUGGCGGCCGUGGUUGACAAAUGUGGCAUCACGCCAGGCAUUCCCAUGAAACCUAUGCUCGCGCACCCCACCAAGGGUAUUUCCGAGGUGAUGGAUCGUUUCGACGGCAAGACAUUUGCAUGCGAGUACAAAUAUGACGGCGAGCGUGCCCAGGUGCACAUGAGCAAGGAGGGGCGCGUGUGCAUCUUCAGCCGCAACUCCGAGGACAACACGACCAAGUACCCGGACAUUGUGGGACGCAUCCGCGAUGCCAUGAGUCAGCACGUCACCGACUUUGUGCUGGAUUGCGAGGCAGUCGCCUACGAUAUCGUUGAACGGCAGAUUCUACCUUUUCAGGCAUGUCCAUGUGGCUCGUCUCAGCGCCUUGUCUUGUCGACGCGCAAGCGCAAGGAUGCCAAUGAGGAAGACAUCAAGGUGCAAGUCUGCCUGUUUGCCUUUGAUCUGCUCUAUUUGAACGGCGAGUCGCUUGUACGUGAGAAUUUUCAGACGCGCCGGAACAAGCUGCGCGAAGCCUUUCAGCAUGUGGAAGGUCAAUUUCAUUUCGCCAACUCACUCAUCACAAACGAUGUCGACGAAAUCAAUGAGUAUUUGGAUUUGAGCAUCAAGGAGAGCUGCGAGGGCCUCAUGGUCAAGACGCUGGAGGUCGAUGCGACCUACGAGAUUGCCAAGCGCUCACAUAGUUGGCUCAAAUUGAAAAAGGAUUAUCUGGAUGGUGUCGGGGAUACGUUGGACCUGGUUGUGAUUGGGGCUUGGAUUGGUAAGGGCAAGCGCACGGGCACCUAUGGUGCCUUCUUGCUGGCAUGCCAUGACACGGAAACGGAGGAGUUUCAGAGCAUCUGCAAGAUUGGAACGGGGUUCUCGGAUGAGGAUCUCAAGGGCUUUGCGACGAGCCUAAAGGCACACGUAGUGCCGACGGCGCCCAGCUAUUAUCGCUAUGAUGCGGGUUUGAAGCCGGACGUGUGGUUUGCACCGGAGCAAGUCUGGGAAGUCAAGGCGGCCGAUCUGUCCAUCUCGCCGCGCCACUUGGCGGCAGCAGGCCUGGUGGACCCUAACAAGGGCAUCUCGCUGCGCUUCCCGCGAUUCUUGCGGAUCCGCGAGGACAAGAAGGCAGAUGACGCGACCUCGGCGGAGCAGGUGGCCGACAUGUACUUGUCUCAAGAGCAAAUCAAGAAUAACAACCAGACGCGAGGGCCACCGCGCUAA